ACGGAUAUUUUGGGACAGAAACCUAUAAAUACUUUGUUUUUAUCAAAAUGCUUAUUAAAUAUGUUGGAUCGAAAAUCAUUAUGAAAUGUGUCUGUUUGAAUAUACAUGUUACCUUAUAACAUCAAUAACUGUGAGCAGCUGUGACGGGAUUUGAAAAUGUUCACGGUUUGUUAGGAAAUGAUAGGAUAUAAUUGAUUCACAAGAAAAACAGAUAAUUAAUAAUUUACCUUAAAUAAUACCUGUUUGCGACGGAAGGUUGAUAACAAUCACAAAGCCGGUUGAAAGAAUCGGACACGUAACAACAGGUGGCAUAUGCUGUUAUUUCGCCAACAGGCAUAAUUGAGUUAUGUAAGGUAGUUUUAAAACAAUUCCAAAGGAUGAUAUUCUUUGUAGUGCAUGGCACAAGAAAUCGCUUACAUUUUGUAGUUUUGGUGAUUGGCUCAGGAGCAUAUUUUUAUUGGAUAUAUAGUUUGAAAUAUCAUGAAUAUAACUUGAAAGAAAAUGGCAUAGCACCCCUAAAUGUUCUUACCACAGGAGAAAGAAGUCUGAUAUUACAAGUUAACAAAAGGUUUACGAUAAAUUAUGAUAAACUAGUUGAAACAAACACACAAGACAAAGCAAACAAGCAUGUUGUCAGUGAGCUCCCACUGUUUCAAUCUCUAAAGGAAGAAGAAUUUCCAUCAACAGACACUGACGUCCCUCGUAUUCCCCAUAUCAUACAUCAUAUGUACAAAACUGAAAUGAUUCCUGGAAUGUAUACAGCUCACGUUAAAUCCUUUAUUUAUUACAACCCAACGUGGACAUAUCGCUUUUGGACAGAUGAAUCCGGUCGUAAAUUAUUACAGAAACAAUAUCCACAUCUUGUAGAUAUAUAUGAUAAGUUUGGCAAUAACGUAAAAAGAUCCGACAUGCUCAGAUACGCAGUUCUAUACGAGUAUGGCGGAUUUUAUGCAGAUUUUGACAUGGAAAAUUUCCGUUCACUUAACAUAACGACAUUAAAAUAUGCUUGUAUUUUCCCUGUAGAACCAUUUGAGCACAGCGCUUUGUUAUAUAAUAAACAUUUUAUAAUAAACAACGCAUUUAUAGGUUGCCGUCCAAAGCACCCGUUUUUCAAGCUUUUAUUGGUCGGCUUACAGAAUGCUGAUUUUAAUGGAGACCCUGUCAGUACUACAGGUCCAGGAUACGUCACUAGAAAAUUCCUUGAAUAUAAUAACAUCAGUGUGUCAUCUAGCGAAAUGAACAAAACCGACUGGAGUAGCAAUUCUCCCUAUUUCUAUAAGGGUGAAUUAAAGGAAAUUGACAAAAACGCCGUGUAUGUGCCAAAUUCACAGUAUUUUAUGGAUAAGAUAGAUCCGAUGCUUUUAGAAACGAAUGGACAAAUAACAAAAGCUUGUAAACAUGUCAACACUUUAACAUAUCUUAAACAAAGAGCUUGCUUUGAACUUUUGAGGCGAGAGAAGAUAAGAAAAAAUAGAUUAUACACUUUCACAGUGCAUCACUGGUAUCAUUUGUGGUUGAUGACAAAAGAUAAAAUUCAUAGUCUGAAAAGUACCAAUAUUAAAGAAAUAGUCCCAAAUUUUAUUCAAUAUAACGGCUGAAAUAAGUGCAUGUUUAUUGUUUAAUUCAUUGUAUGAAAAAUGUUUUUCUAUAGAUCGGUGCAGAGAUUAAAUUUUUUUUGCCAAUUUUUAGGUUUCAACGUUAACUCUGUAACAUUAUAACAUAUUGUUGACUUGUUAAAUGAACAACAAACACAAAAUCAAUAAAACAUUUACAUGUAAGUACAGAAAUGUCUGUUUCAUUUGAAUGGACUGAAUCUGAUGGUACCUUUGUUAGGAUCAAACAUGAGCAUCUGGUAAUCAACAUGUGUAUGAUGCGAUUUUGUCAUUGAAUGUUAAGUAUCCUAAUGCAAAUCGAGUUUCACGAGUAUAUCAUUUUAAAUUGAUGACACUUUUAAUUUAGCCUAUCAAACUAGACACCGUUAACGAUGUUAGAUAAAUAGAGCUUUGUUUGGCUGUACGGCCUACUUUAACGAUCGUAAACUGCGUAACGAGAGUUAUAAAGUUAACCUGCAUUUAAGUCAUCUUUAGUGACGUCGAUGGUCAUAAAAUUAUAAGGCUUAUAUCGGCUGUAUACUGGGAUGUUUCAAUAUUGCAAUCUGAAUUUGAUAGUCAAUGAACUGAAUUAAUUUAAUUAUUCAUCAUGAAGAACUUGUUACAGAUUUGAACGAUUGUUUCGAUUAUCAUCGUUGAAUGUCGCAUUGUUCCAUGUAACACAUUUCAACAAACCUACAAGAAUGUCCAUAUAUGUCUAUAUAUAUGUUUUUCUGUACAUACUCUUAACAAAUCUAAUAAGUGUGCAUGUAUAAAUAUCUUAUAAUGUGAGUCAAUAUUAUUUAUGUCAUGCUGGAAUUUUCAAUAUAUACAGUUGAGAGACAUAGUGUAAUUAUCCUUUUA